UUAUUUAAUGGACAGUUCUGUCAUGAAACUCCGUAGACGCAGUAGAAUUUUCAACUACUAUACAUAUGAAAUUUAACAGAUGAUUGCUAAUGGGCGCAAUGCGCACGUGAAUUUGACUGCUCAUUCUACCCAUUCUGACGGAUUCAUUCAACAAUACGAGACUCUUAUGGACAAAGUACAAGUUAAUGUGGAGUAUUGUGGCUACUGCAACUAUGAAGCACAAUGCGAGGAAUUACGAGGCGUAGUCCUAAAGUUGGUCCCUGAAGUUGAGUUUCAGUGCAAAAGGGGAAGACAAGGUUCAUUCGAAGUGCAGAUAAAUGAGAAGCCCGUGCACUCAAAAUUGUCAUCACUGGCCUUUCCCGACUUCAAUGAUGUAGCGCAGAGUGUCCAGAAAGCAGCCGAAGGAGAGCCUCUAGGAAAUGUUCGGCAACAGCCAAUUACAGACUGUGUUCUGCAGUAG